AUGGAGCACUUCAAAACCAAACCAUCUAAAUUCCUUUCUACUUUCUUCAUUUUCCUCAUCUUAUCCUCUGUUCUGUUUCAAUCCACAUUUUCUGCUUUUUCUACUCAACAACCCAUUAAAACCAUUGUAGUUCUUAUGAUGGAGAACAGAUCUUUUGAUCACAUGAUAGGUUGGAUGCAGAAAUCAGUUAAUCCUUUGAUCAAUGGUGUUAAUGGCACACAAUGCAAUCCUGUUUCUACUAAAUCACCACAAUCUCAAUUAGUUUGUGUCACCGACGAUGCCGAAUACGUCGAUCCGAAUCCCGGUCACUCUUACCAGGAAAUUAGAGAUCAAGUCUUCGGUAUCAAUGGCAGCCAAACUCCUUCCAUGACUGGAUUUGUUGAACAAGCUUUAUCUAUGUCCACUGAAAUGUCAGAAACUGUCAUGAAAGGAUUCCAUCCCAACUCUGUUCCAGUUUACGCCUCCUUGGUUAGUGAAUUUGCUGUCUAUGAUCGAUGGUUUGCUUCUAUUCCUGCAUCAACUCAACCAAAUAGGCUUUUCACUUUCUCAGCCACCUCUUAUGGAACAAUAGGUGCAGACAAGUUUCAGAUAUUUAAAGGAUAUCCACAGAAAACCAUCUUUGAUUCUCUUCAUGAAGAUGGAGUUGAUUUUGGUAUCUACUUCCAGGCCAUUCCCACGACACUUGUCUAUCGAAAUCUGCGAAAACUACGAUACAUACCCAAGUUCCAUCAAUUUGAUCUCACAUUCAAGAGACAUGCCAGACAAGGGAUAUUGCCUAACUUUACAGUGAUUGAACCGAGGUAUUUCGACCUCCUAGAUUUACCAGCAAACGAUGAUCACCCUUCUCAUGAUGUUGCAAAUGGGCAAAAGUUUGUGAAGGAAGUCUAUGAGGCAUUAAGAUCAAGUCCUCAAUGGAAUCAAACUCUUCUUGUGAUUACUUAUGAUGAACAUGGUGGGUUCUUUGAUCAUGUUCCAACUCCUGUGAAUGUGCCAAACCCUGAUGGAAAAACUGGUCUUGCUCCUUACCACUUCAAGUUUGAUAGAUUGGGAGUUCGAGUACCCACAAUUAUGGUCUCACCAUGGAUCAAAAAAGGAACUGUGGUGAGUAGAGCAAAUGGACCUACGCCGAGCUCGGAGUUUGAGCAUUCCUCCAUACCUGCAACUGUAAAGAAGAUUUUCAACCUUUCAUCUGAUUUCUUGACUCAGAGAGAUGCUUGGGCAGGGACAUUUGAGGAGGUUGUGGGAGAACUAAGCUCACCUAGAACUGAUUGUCCAGAGGUGCUACCAGAGGUGACUCCAUUAAGGAAUACAAGUUCUGAAAUUGAAGGCAGAAGUCUAUCGGAGUUUCAACAAGAAGUGGUGCAUUUAGCUGUUAGUCUCAAUGGUGAUCACACCUCGGGCAGUUUCAAUGAGGAGAUAAUCGAGAAGAUGACUGUGAGAGAAGGUCAUGAAUAUGUCAACAAUGUUGUGUCCAAUUUCAUAAGGGCUAGCCAAGAAGCUAUCAAGUUGGAUGCACCUGAGUCUGCCAUAGUUGACAUGAUGUCCUUUACCACCACAACAGAAUCGAUGUUUGACCCUUGA